CUCUGUCCCGGUGGUGAACACUUUAUGGUGGAGUCCACAGCGGCAGCAGGACAUGGAUACAGAGACGCAUCCAUCCACGGGAACCACUGCCAUGUCCUCUGUGAACUCAGACACCUCAGAGGUGGUGAAUGGAGGGGGCAAAGAAUGCAUCACCACAUUACUGACAGGUCUGGAGAAUAUUACUCCACUGGUCCAGUCUGUAGAAGAAACACCUGAACCAAUUUCCACUGAAGUACAAGGUACCAUUCCCUCAUGGCUCAAUGGCAACCUCCUCCGCAACGGGCCGGGGAAGUUUGAGUUUGGAAACACACACUACAACCACUGGUUUGAUGGGAUGGCUUUGCUGCACAAGUUCAACAUCCAAGGUGGCCAAGUGACGUACAUGAGCCGGUUCCUUCAAAGUGAUGCCUACAAGAAAAAUAGUGACAGGGAUCGCAUCGUGAUGUCAGAAUUCGGUACCCUCGCCAUGCCAGACCCCUGCAAAAACUUCUUCCUGCGUUUCCUCUCUCGCUUUGAGAUGAUACAACCCACAGACAAUGCAAGUGUGAGCUUUGUGAAAUACAAGGGUGACUACUAUGUCAGCACAGAGACAAACUUCAUGCACAGAAUGAACCCGGAAACCCUAAAAUCAGAGGAGAAGGUGGACUGGAGUAAGUUCAUUGCUGUAAAUGGAGCCACAGCCCACCCCCACUAUGACCCCGAUGGUACAACCUACAACAUGGGCAACUCCUACGGCAGCAAAGGAGCCUUGUACAAUAUCAUCUGUGUCCCUCCUGAGAAGAAAGAUGACUCAGACACUCUACAGGGAGCCAAAAUACUCUGCUCUAUUGUGCCAGCAAACAAGUCCCAUCCCUCCUACUAUCACAGUUUUGCCAUGUCUGAAAACUAUGUGGUGUUCAUUGAGCAGCCAAUUAAAAUGGACCUACUGAAGAUAGUCACAUGUAAACUAAGAGGGAAGGCUUUGAGUGAAGGCAUCUACUGGGAUCCACAACAGGAAACUGUCUUCCAUCUUGUCAACAAGCAGACAGGAGAGGUCAGCUCUGUGAAGUACCACACAAAGGCCAUCUCCACCUUCCAUCAGAUCAACGCCUUUGAGGAGGAUGGCUUCUUGAUGCUUGACAUGUGCUGUUCAGAUGACGGCCAAGCCAUCAACAACUACCUGAUCCAGAACUUGCGCAAAUCAGGAGAAGCGCUAGAUGAGGUGUACAAUACCCUGUGCAGGGUUUACCCUCGCCGCUUUGUUCUACCCCUGAAUGUGACCAGUGAAACACCAACAGGCCAGAACUUGAACACCAGACCCUCCAGUACUGCAACAUGUGUCAAAACCAGCAAAGAUAAGGUGUUCUGUCAACAUGAGAAUCUCCAUGGUGACGACCUCCAAGAGUAUGGUGGCCUGGAGUUCCCCCAGAUUAACUAUCGCCGCUGUAACACACGGCCGUAUCGUUACUUCUACGGAUGUGGCUUCAGACAUCUGGUGGGCGACUCACUGCUCAAGAUGGAUCUGAAUGACAAGACAUUAAAGGUCUGGUACCAGAAGGGCUUCUACCCCUCAGAGCCAGUGUUUGUACCCUCCCCUGAUGCCACCGAGGAAGAUGAUGGUGUCAUCCUCUCUGUGAUUCUCACCCCUUCACAGGAUAAAGCAACAUUCCUCCUGAUUUUGGAUGCCAAAACAUUUGAAGAACUGGGGAGAGCCAACGUGCCUGUAAACAUGCCUUAUGGUUUUCAUGGUACUUUCAACAGUGCUGCCUAAAUCAGUGUCCAUUACAUUCAAAUUGUUUAGUACGAUGAAUUGUCAAAUGGAAAACUGCUACGUAUAACCACUACAUUUCUAAUGGUAUUGAGUUACAGCUGCACUAUACGAUAUGCUCAUAAUGGAAGCAGUGCUCUGUUACUGACUGAAUAUGGAUUUAUGAUUCAUAUUAACUUUGAAAUACGAGGCCUGUUAUACUCACUGUAUUUACUCACACAUAAUGUACUUAAACACACAUUUAGAUUUUUUUUAAAUUCUAUUGCCAUCUUGAUUUUUAUUUUCUCGCCUUAGUUUGAAAGUAUAAAGUAAUGAUGAAUUGAGUUUGCAGCUUGGACUCGAGUUUCACACCAGCAGGACUUUGUACCCCUUCCGGUUCCUGAACCUAUUUUGUGUUCACAGCGGAUUAAAACUUGGCUGGGAACCUGAGAAGUUAGUUCCCAACUGUAACCCAAAAAGGGUUCUUCCUCGUGAACCAUGACAUCAUCAGUGGGUGUGUCAUAUUCUAGACAAGCAGAAAAUAGAAGAAGAAAUGUGAACAGAACAUAGAACAUUCCAUAUGCAGAACAUGUGGGUGUGUCCAUUUGUGCUUUAGAACAAAACUGAUGAGAAACAAUUAGAAAAUGUUUUUAUUUUUCUAUAUCAUGUCUUUUCUCUCCCUUGUUUGUUGAAGAACGGACAAUCUUUGAACAGUGUUUACAGACUACAAACACACACAUAUAAGGAAGUGCAGGAGCACAGUGAUGAUGCUGGGAUCUCUCCUGCAGCUCAUGUGCCAUUUAUCAUAACUUACAAAGACCAAACACAAGAAAUGACAUGUCUGCAGCCUCAAAAAGAAGGGUCAACUACAUCAAACUAUAUCAGGUACCAGAAAACACAAACAAAUAUGACAAAACGAUAGAACCUCAAUACCUGGACUAAACUGUAACUGUACAGAUAUUAACUUUGAAGGCCGGUUUUCACUGUGUUUUUCAUGUAAACUUGUAAUAAAUCAGUUAAACUCCAUCAUCAUAAACCAAACCACUGAUCACAGCUGAUACAGUAUGAUGUAUGAAGGAGUGAACAUACUACGGUACAUGCUUUGAGUUACUAACACAGUAUGAUAGAUGUUUAUCAACCAAAUGAAGCCUUGAGACUUUUUCUUACAAAAGUGAUUGUGAGCAUCUCUGAUAAUGUGCGUGUUCAUAACAGAACUGAACACAUCAUGUAUUAAAGCCAGUGAAUACGCAGCAACCAAUGAACCACAACAGAAACCUUUUUAAUUCAACACUUUUCUACUUUUUUACUUCACCUGUAUCUUUUUUAUCAUUUGGAUCAUUUUUAUACUCUGUCAUUAAAUCUCUACCUCU